AAUAAUUUUAGGGCAAUAUAGCCAUGCCUCUUUCUCCUUCCUCAGCAAGUACGAUCUUCUCUCUCUCAAUACCAACAAACAAGAUCUGAAGAAUAGUGAGUCGCCGGCGCCGGCGUCGCUGCGGUUGGCUUCUCCUUCUUCUCCGUUCAUCGAGGUGACCCACGAUACAGAAACACUAUAAAUUUGAGGAGUUCAGUAUUAGAGGACAUAGAAAUAUAUCAAUCUUUUGAUUCAGGUCGAGUGAAUUUAAAGCAGUAGCAAUGGCUUCAUCAUAUCUACCAGCCACUACCGAUUCGAUUGCUCAGGCUUUAGAAGCCAAGGCUCCAUCUGAAGCCAUCUCUAUUCUCUAUAAAAUUCUUGAAAACCCAUCAUCAUCUUCUGAUGCUCAGCGGAUAAAGGAACAGGCAAUCACAAAUCUUUCGGAUCUUCUCAGGCAAGAAAACCGUGCUGAGGACCUCAGGAACCUUCUAACUCAACUGAGGCCUUUCUUUAACUUGAUUCCCAAGGCCAAAACUGCGAAAAUUGUUCGUGGAAUCAUUGAUACAGUGGCCAAGAUACCAGACACAGCAGUGCUUCAGAUUUCUCUAUGCAAAGAAAUGGUGCAGUGGACUCGUGAUGAGAAACGAACUUUUCUUCGACAGCGAGUGGAGGCCAGGCUUGCAGCUCUUUUGAUGGAGAGCAAGGAGUACUCAGAGGCCCUAAACCUUCUUUCGGGUUUGGUAAAGGAAGUCAGAAGACUGGAUGACAAGCUUUUGCUUGUUGACAUAGACCUAUUGGAGAGUAAGCUCCAUUUCUCCCUUAGGAAUCUUCCUAAGGCAAAAGCUGCCCUCACAGCUGCUAGAACAGCGGCUAAUGCCAUAUAUGUUCCCCCAGCUCAGCAAGGAACUAUUGAUUUGCAGAGUGGAAUCCUGCACGCAGAGGAAAAAGACUACAAAACAGCGUACAGUUACUUCUUUGAAGCUUUCGAAGCGUUUAAUGCUUUAGAAGAUAGUAGGGCUGUGUAUAGCCUUAAGUAUAUGCUUCUAUGUAAAAUCAUGGUGAACCAGGCUGACGAUGUUACAGGAGUAAUAUCAUCAAAAGCAGGCUUGCAGUAUGUUGGGCCUGAGUUGGAUGCCAUGAAAGCAGUGGCCGACGCCUACUCAAAACGUUCUUUGAAGCUUUUUGAGACUGCCCUUGGGGAUUUCAAGGGUCAGUUAUCAGAAGAUCCUAUUGUUCAUCGACACCUUUCAUCGCUUUACGACACCCUCUUGGAGCAGAAUUUGUGCAGGCUGAUAGAGCCGUUCUCACGAGUUGAGAUUGGGCAUAUCGCUGAGUUGAUCGAACUUCCAAUCGAUCACGUAGAGAAGAAGUUAUCUCAAAUGAUUUUGGACAAAAAAUUUGCAGGGACUUUGGACCAAGGUGCUGGGUGCCUAGUAAUUUUUGAAGAUGGGAAGACUGAUGCCAUAUACCCAGCCACGUUGGAAACUUUAACCAACAUUGGUAAGGUGGUGGAUAGUCUCUACGUGAGAUCGGCCAAGAUAAUGGCUUGAUAUAGUUACCUUCUCUUAUGGUUAAUUUGUUUCUAGAAAUUCUCAUACAUGAUUUAGGAACAUUGACAUACUAUUUUUUCCUUGUCUAUUCGAUAGUUUUGAGUUCUGAAUGUCAUGAUUGUGAACACUUAUUCUUCCCUUUAGUUAUGGCAAGUACAAAGCUUUCUGUUGCAUGGGUGAACUUUGACAUGUACUAAA